GCUGGAGCGAAGGGGACUGCUUGUGUUUAUAUUUCGCCGCCACGCACUCUUAAACGGAUUUUAACUUUGUCCCCCGUCACUUAACAUGCUUACCAAAGGCCUGGUCGCCUCGUUGGCUAUUUUUGCCUUUUAUACCCCCUAAGUGGCGGCAUGAAUAGCCGAAGACUGAGGUCUGUCAAAGUCGGGGACUUUAAGAAGAAAGUCCCAAGCGAUGUACCACCCUCCACCAGCCUGCCCCCUCUGGUGGAAGGUCAGCUCAGAUGCUUCCUGCGUGUCACAGUCAGUCAGCUGCUGUGGACGACCCCGAAGCCUCCGCUGGCAACGUUUGUCAGGCUGCGCUGGUGGGGAGAGUCGUCCAACGGCACACACUUCAACCCACGAGAUGCUUCUCUCUCCGUGCAAAAAAAUAUCAAGACCACUGCACGGUUCCCGGUCCGCUGCGGCCCGAAGCAGUUCACCUCAUACCUGGCAGAUAUGGGGUCUUUGGUGCUGGAAGUUUUGAAUAGACAGGAUCAUUUGCCCAUGGCACGAGCUCAGGUGGCAGAGAUCUCCCGCCUGUCUCAGUUACACACCAUCAGUGGAUUUUACACCCUUGUAUCGCCAACCUCCAAGAAACUUGGGGAGUUAGAGGUUUCCCUUAAUUUGGAGCCUCUGGUUGAGGCCCAUGAGAGCACCAGCUCUGGUCCAACUGCAGAUUUCAGCUCUGAAGUACUUCAGGUGUCCUCGCUGGCUACAUCUGCAGAGGCUGCAGCACUGAAAGCGAGCAGUGAGAAAAAAUCAGACCAGUUCAGCGAGGGAAACACGUCCAGAUUGAAAGAGCUCCUGUUUUCCCAACCUGCCCAGGCGGAUAAAGAUGAGGCAGUAGAGAAUGUAAGGCUGGUAGAAAAGAGCCAAAUGGCUGUUCAUCCUUCCAAUCAGGCACCCUGUGGCCAACACAGCAAUGACAUCCUCUCAGUUAUUCUAGAACGUGGGAGCAAGCUUAGGGAUGCCAUGGUGGUGUCUGCCUUGAAAUGUGACAUGGUUUCUGCUCCGGUUCUGAAAGACCUCCAACUGCCUCUGCAGAGGGACAACACCCGACAGCCUCCCUUGCCCUCUCCUUCUCUAAUGUUCCUUGAAAAUAUCCUGCCUGCCGAUUCAUCUCCCAAGCAUACAGAUGUUGUCCUUGUCACAGACGGCUGUCUUGAUAAUCCUGCAGAGAUGGAUCACAGAGCUGUGGAUCUCCUUCUUGGGAGAUUAAAGACACCUUCUCCGCCUCUGUGGAAGGGUGAGGACCGCUUGCUUGAAUCUUUUUCCAGUCAUAGCGGCGUUGGCGGAGACAGUGAGCUCAGCGACCCUCAAUAUGAUCAGAGCUUGCUGGAGCAUUUGUUCUACCAAACACCCUUGUCAGGUUCAAGACUAGAUGACACAUCAGUGGACGCUCAAGAGCAGAAAAACAGUUCAUCUAAGAUCGAGGAACAGUUAAGACAGUCAGGGUCCAGGAGGAGUGACAAUCCAGUUGUGGAGCCUCAGCACUCUCUGGGUCAGGUUGCCGUUCUUCUAAGUCCGGAGCAGCUGACGUUUCUGAGCUUGAUGCGACUGGCCAAAGUGAGCAUCGACUCCAUGAGCGUACCGGCAGACAGCACAACACUCCCAGCCAGAAAGUCCUUGAGCAAAGGGAAAAGUCCUCCACUGCAACGAAACAAAAAAUGCACCUAUUUUGUGGAGUAUACGUUCCCAAAGACCUCCUCUUCCAGUCAACAAGGUGGAAAUGUUGCAGGAGUCAUGGAGACGACCAGAGUUGUUUCCAGAGUUGUCACAGAAGGAGUGGUGAGGUUCCACCAGGACGUCGUGUUUCCUGUGCGCUUCAGUAAAACAGCAAUCGAACAUUGGUGGGCGACGGAUUUCAUUUUCAAAAUUUACUCCAGAAGAAGUGACCAAAAGAAGGUGGUUCUCAUUGGACAAGCCACGUACCCACUGCGCCGUCUCCUGCAGAGCAAACAACUCAGCCAGUCUCUCGCUCUCCCAGUGUACAGUAGCGAGGACAAGAGUCAAACACGGGAACUAGGACUUCUCAGGGUGCUGCUAGAACUUUCUACCAACAGCCGGGACUCGUCUGAAACAAGACACCCCUCAUUGUCGCACAUUGCUCGCAGUUCUCCAAGAGAAUCCUCGCAUGUCAGCUUUUGUGCAGAAGACCUACCUGCCCGCUCUUCAGACUCCUUCACAGUGAAUGUUACAACCCAGCAGCAACACUCUAAAUUAGCCACUCCACAUCUUGGCACGCCCUCCCCUCGUGCAUCUCAGCAGGAGGUGGCGGAAGACUCGGAGGUCUUGCUGCAUACACUGCUCAUGGUGCCAGAUGGAAAGAACUUCAACUGUGGGCCCAUGCAAACUGUGAAUGUCUACUUGAACUGUAAGCUCUUCUGGUGCGAUGAAAUGGCGAGGUCUGCGGUCAGCUGGGGGCAUGUAAACCCAUCCUUUAACUUUUCCCAGGUAACUCCCGUGGCUUUGACUACAAAGUUACUGGAGAGGAUGAAGAAUAAUGUGAUGGUCAUUGAAGUGUGGCAGAAAACUGGAUGCUCCAGAAAUGAGAGACUUCUUGGUCUUGUCAAACUACCGCUCCACCAGUUCUACAUGUCAUUUAGGGACUACAAGAUCGCCCACCUUCUUCUCCAGGCACAGUACCCUGUUUUAGGUGUGGACUGCUACAUGCCAGUCAUGGACGUGUUCUCGGGUUGUUGCAAAGGAAACCUCAGGGUCACUCUGGCUAUGGGCCGCUUCGAGCAGGUGCUCGCUCUGCAGCGCACCAGAGAAGACGAAAUCGAUUCACCGGGCCACCUCAUGAAACCGGUUCAUCUGCUCGAUCACCAACCUCCGGCACCAGCAAAGGUGAAGGUGACUCCAGUUCAAGCACAGGCAAUGAGAGAGCAUGUGUUUUUGAUAAGGCUUGAGAAAGUCACCGGGCUUACGCCUCUCCAAUCAACUGUGUGGGGUGAGGCUGACUGUUACAUUCAGUACAGUUUUCCUUGCCACGAAGGUGCACACGUCGACGCAGACCUGAAUGAACAAUACAUCAACCUGAGGCCUUUUCGUACCGCCACCACCCUCUGUGUUCCUGACCCAGCGUUUGGCCACGCAGAGACACACGUGCUCUUUACUCCUGAGGGAGUGCCUGUCCAGAAGUUGCUGCUUAACUCUCUUUCGAGCCAAGGCCUGAGCAGCGGAGGGGGUGUCCAUUUCGAAGUGUGGUGCAGAUACUACUACCCGAAUGUCAGAGAGCAGCUUGUGGCCAAAGGAAUUCUCCCUCUGUCCAAAUUGUGUGCCAUGGUCACCAUGCAUGGACAGCAUCCUGAUGAGCCCCAGGUGUUCUCCUUGCCCCUGCUACCUAGGGCAGACAACCCCUCAAUGCACCAGCCUCAACCAUCUGGCCUACUGGAUGUGUGCAUCCAGUAUAAGUCCCGUCCUGCGAGAUCUGAUGUGCAGACUGGCAGAGGAGCUGCCUCUAUUCAGGUGACACUUGUGGUUCAAGUGCUAAGAGGGUCCAGCUUUCAGACAGCAGCCAGAGUUGUAGCCCAGCAAGACGAAAGGUUCAGUUACUUUGCUGCCGUGGGAGUGAACUCCUACGUGACCAUCCAGUUGUCCUUCUUGCCCGAGGAAGAGCAAAGAUGCACCCGCCUGGCUGCCAGGACCUUCUGCCCCGAGUAUAACCACCACACAGAGGUUUGCUGUGCCGUGCUCCUUCACAAGAGCAGUGGGGAGACCUGUAGUCUGGCUGAGCAGCUGGCAGAAGCGUUUGCUGUCUUCACCGUAUGGAAUAGAGACAGCCGCAAAGGCAGUCAAUUCAAGCCUGCAGAUGUGAUAUUAGGAACAGUGAAAAUCCCCCUGUUUGAUCUCCUUCGUAAAACAACAGGUAUUUCUGGCUGGUUUGGCGUCAACACGCCACAGGAAUCCACACAAAGUAAUCACAUGGUGGUCGGAGGCCUUGAGAUCUGUGUUGCCUUUGCCCACCACUCAGAUCGCGAACGGGUCAUUCGGGCCGCUCUGGAUUUGGGCUGGGACCCGGCUCAGGUCCAUAUUGACAAUGAAUGGCCAAAUGAUCAAGGAGAUUGGGAACACAGCAUGAGGAAAAUAUCCCUGACCUUUUCCAUGCCCAGAAUUUGGAUCCCUGUCCACUGCUUGCUCCUGCCGGGACAUGAGACGCUGCAGCGCUCCACAUACUGCUACUUCCGCUACAAAUUCUAUGAGCAGGAGGUCUUCUGCUCGCAGAUGAAACACCCGUGUGUCAAUAAGGAGGGCAAGCAUGACCAGGCCACAGUGACCUUCCAAGGAAGUCGCACUGUUGAGCUGAUGAGCUCCCAGCCAUUGUUGUGGUACCUUCAAGAGGAGCGGCUGGAGGUUCAAGUGUGGGUUGCUUUCCAGAAGGACAAAAGCCAGCGCCCCUGUGAUACAGACCGCCUGGUGGGCUCUGCCUUCAUUGAUAUGUCGUCUCUUGUAAAGACCCACCAGCAGAAGUUGACUCUCAGUGGAGUAUAUCCACUCUUCAGACGCUCUGCGAUGGACCUGCAGGGGGCUGCUCUCAGGGUCCACAUCAGCCUGACCUUUGGCUGCGUGCCAACUGCCGAAGACGACCAGGCGGACUCUGACAGCCAGGAGGAGACUUUAUUAGAGGCACCAGAGUCAGCAUAUCAUACGCCACUUCCUUCUCCACCCAAAAUAACGUGUUCUGAAAGCCUGAACAAGUCCGGCAGAACAACUUCAGAUGUCGCUGUACCUCAGCCUGCCAAAAUUAGCGAGGAGGAGUCUUUCCCGGUGGAUGUUGCGGUGGAGAGGGCCAUGAAUCUUAAUCUGAAAGGUUGUCAGCAAUCUGAGAACAGUGAAGGGAUGCCAUGUUGCUGUGUGUCAUACGUCACUGCUGACGCUACAGAAGCCGUGUCCACCUCUGUGGUGGCCAACACAAACUGCCCGGCGUGGAACCAUCAGCAUAAAUGCAGGCUUUCCAAGCAGCUACUCGUUGAUCCAGAGCAAAGCCUGGUCUUCAAAGUCUGGCAUAAAGGCAACAGAGAAGAAGUGGAGCAGGUGAUUGGAUUCGCCUCUGUAGACCUGUCCCCUUUACUGUGUGGGUUCCAAUCGGUGUGCGGCUGGUAUAACGUCACAGGUUUCAGUGGUCAGUGUCACGGUCAGCUUAAAGUCUCCAUCACACCGCUUAAGUGUGUCCAAGACCUUCGCAAGCAGAGAAAAGCUGCCUUUGACAAAGCUGGCCAAAACUCAAGUGUAUUUUCUAAUGCUGCAUCUUGCAGUUACCAGACCACAGCCACAUACAACAGCUUUCCUUCCCACAUCAGCCGAUACCCCGAGCAACACAUCUCAUCACCUGAUAACAUGGGCACACUACUUUCCAAAACUGAGGGCGACCGUCACCACGAGCACAUGCAGAAAGUGCGUCUUCAUCAUCAGAGUCUUCAGGAACAAAAUGCAGAACUCUGCAGCAGCAACAGCAGCACCAGUGGCGUCAUCAACCCCUCUAGCUCUGUGCUCUUUUUAACACUCAGGAAGAAUCUGAGCGAGCUGGCCAACAUCCAGAGAUAUUUCAGCAGUAAGAUUGUGGGUCCUGCUUUGUCGCCCACUAGGGAAGGGAAUUGUCUUCACGAGGAAGAUGCUCCUAAGGACCAUGAGCUGCAUCUUACGUCCCAACAAGUCCACCAUGGUCAACACCGAACAGCGACUUCCUCCGUCCACCAUAGCAACUCAACGUCUUCCCCCACCAAAGAGAAAAACACUCUCACCGUCUCCCAGAUCAUCUCCAGUGCAUGCAAUGCGGACCUUGUUUCAGACCGUGUACCCCAGGAAGAAGCAGAAGACACGGCCUGUGAAGAAUGGAAAUCACGGUACAGGAUUGAGGAGGAGGAGGAUGAAGCGGAAGAUUAUGAUGAAUUUGUGGUGAAGCCGAGGCAUUUGAAUGAGGUGACCACUUUGACUGAUAAGACGAGUCCUUGGAAUAGUUUCCUGUCGGACUCUGUUCCGGUUUCACCUGAAAACCCAGAAGCAGAACACAUCCAGGUUAACAAGGACGAAAGUCACAUCCAAAGUCAGGACGCCAGCAGAAAACACACAAGAAAGGAGAGUCUACGCCAACCGGGUGACUGUUUUGACAACUCAUCAGAAGAGGCAUCAGACUCUGAGAGCGAGGAGGAUGUGACCCUGCAAGCUGGCGAUGCCACUAACAUGGAGGGUGAUGCUGGGUCACCCCUCACGACUGUGCACGCCGAUGACCCCAAACACAAAGUCUCGGUACCUAACUUUUUCCUGCCUUCACAUCAACUGGAAGCCUCUCUGAAGGUCGUACGCUUAGCGCCGUCCUUCUGUCAUCCCUCCAGCGACCUGGACUGCCGCAAUGCACCGCACAUUCCUCGCAGGGGGCCUCGGCGGUGUCCCGACAUGUCGCCUACGUCCAUAAAGCGAGAGACGGAAAGAUUUGCUCGAAUAAUUGCCACUCACUUUGAUGAUGACGAUGAUUAGUAGGAUAAGUGUGAUUAUUUAAUGUUAAUUCAUAAGCAUGUACAGGGAUUCUUUGCUCUUCUGUAAAACAAGUGGAAUAUUUUGUAUUUUUUAUAAAUAAAUAUUUUUAGUCAA